AGCAGAGCAUGGGGACACCCGCCCUGGACAAUGUCCAGAGCUGCCUCGAUUCUUAGGAGACUUCUCUGAGCCACUGCAAAGUUUACCACUCUGAACAAACGUAAACAAAUGCUCACUGUUAAAUUAAUGAACUCACACUGCGCCUCUGAACCACCCAGCUAGCUAGCGUUGCGAAUUGCAAUUCAAAUUAAAGAGAAGAGGAUACCAUCUUCACUGCUUUUGAGGUCGCAGUGAGGCUGAGGAACACGAUGAGUCUGGUCUACUGCGUCCUGUCCAUGAUCCAUCGUCUAUGCACGCAUCCUCAUGCGUUGGGAUGGAUCACGGAAGGGAAGGGGAGUCGCGUUGCAUGCCAGGGUCCAUCGCGUCCUCGCUAAAACCGUCGACACCCUCCCCUAUCUUUGCCAGUUAAUUUCCAUGACCUUUCCUCCUCCUCCUCUUCCUCUUCCCCCCGUUUCUGCCAACAAGUGGGCGCCCUUCUCUGGCGCCAGGGACUUCGACGCCAGCAUGGCCGCCGUCCUCCUCGUCGUCGUCUGCGCCGCCGCACUCGCCUUCGCGCUCCACGCAGCCCUCCGCCUCCUCCUGCGCCGCCUCCGGGCUCGGGCGCCGCCGCGGAGGGAGCUCGAUAAGCCCCCGACGGAGUCGGCGGUGGAGAUCCCGAGGCUGCCUGGGUCCGUGGUGUUCUCCGGCGGCGCGACGGCGGAGUGCGCCAUUUGCCUCGCCGAGAUGGCCGAGGGGGAGCGCGUGCGCGUGGUGCCCGACUGCGGCCACGUGUUCCACGCGAUGUGCGUGGACGCGUGGCUGCUUGGGAGGUCGACGUGCCCGACCUGCCGGACCGACUGGCGUCCCCCGCCGGCGGCGGAGGAACCUUGAAAGAACAAAAAAAACGCGUCGCGGCCGUCUUCUGGAUCGAUGAUCGUCGCAGUGAGUCUUGAUUACAAAGUAAGUGGGAUGCCGUCGACUGGUAAUCCGCCAUGGCGUCUAUCUUUGAUGUUAAAUCGACGUGGGAAAUUUAUGGAGGGAUUUUCCUUUGUGAAUUACAAUACGAAUUAUCAUAGGCGUCAAAAUCGUUAUAUUAUCUAAGGUUCAUAAACUCUUCUGCUUCUCCUCCUCAUCCUCCUUCUUCUUCAUGGAUAUUUGGAUGCCCAACGCUUGCGAUGAUCAGUAACUUGCUGGCCCGAUCUUUAUCUUU